AUCCAGAGGACGUUACAUCUGAGCAAGACUUACAAAAACAGAUGGAUGCAAUGACAGAACUGCUGAGCAAUUCUGAUCAAGUGGAGCAACUGGUUCUGAGAAACACAGGUCUGACAGAUGAACUGCUGAAAAGUCUGGCGACAGCGCUCAAAAGAAGCCCAUCCGAAGUCACAGUGAUUAACCUAAAUCUGAACCAAAUCGGACCUCCUGGAAUCACUGUUUUACUAGACCUUCUGCAAGCCAAACCACACAUCAAAGAACUACUAUUGUUUGGAAACCAACUUGGCGAUCUUGGAGUGCGGACCCUGCUUAGCGGAUUGGCUGAACUUCAAGAUAAAACUGCAGCGCCGUGUGGAAACUCUGAACAGAUCCAUUGCUCUCCUGCUAACAGUGCCAUCAUAGAGUUAGACUUAGGUGGAAACGGAAUUGGCAGUGAUGGCCUGAGGGUGCUGGCCACGUUCAUGAGGUAUCAUUCCCACCUUCAGUAUCUGGGCCUGGCGCAGACAUCUUGUUCAGACAUGGAGGCCUGGACAGUCUUGUUUGAAAGCCUCAAAGUGAACACUGUGCUGACGCAUAUCAUUUUAGAUGAAAGCAACCUCAGGGAUGAUGGUGUUAAAUUGUUUGCAGAAGUGCUGCAAUCAAACAAGAGCCUGAGAAAGGUGGAAUUGGAUAAUAAUGGCUUCACUGAUGUUGGAGGACAUUGUCUCCUGGAGGCUCUGUGCUUUAGGGGAAAAGGUUCCCUGGAGAACCUGAGCCUGGAGGGAAACUACAUCAGCACCGCACUUAUGGCGAACAUACAGCAGGAGCUGGAGUCUCUUUAAAAUGAGAACCAUCAUCAAUUACCUUCUGCUUCACAAUUCAAACUGCAAGUAUGUGCCCAGGGC